AUGUUGAGAAAGUCGAUAUUAGUUUUCUUUGACGACAUAUUGAUAUAUAGCUCCGAUUGGAGGUCUCACAUUCUGCACUUAACUGCUGUUUUGGAUGUUUUGAAGAGAGAGCAGCUGGUGGAAAACUGGAAAAAAUGUUACUUCGAUCAAACAACCGUAGAAUACUUGGGUCAUAUCAAUUCCAAAGAUGGUGUGGCCAUGGAUCCCAACAAAGUUAAAAGUGGGAUUGAGAGGCCGGUUCCAAAAAAUGUGAAGGGGGUGCGCAGCUUCUUAGGACUAACCGGCUACUACCGCAAAUUCAUCAAGGACUAUGGGAAAAUAGCUCACCCUCUAACUGACUUGACUAAGAAAGAUGAGUUUAAAUGGGGAGACUCAGAACAAACAGCUUCUGAAUUUCUAUCAAGGAAUGUGAUAUUUGUCAACAUCAAAAGUAUUUAG